AUGGCAGAGACACAGCUGACCAACGAAGAGUUCUUCACCCAGCUUGCCGGUCUCUUCAGCAAAAGCCAGGAGAAGCAACACGGCUCUAUCUUCCUCACCCAGAAGCGAUUCACAUAUUCUGCGGAUUCGGCACCCUCCAGCCCCGUCAAAGUUGCCGACGACCCCCUGUGGGACCUGCACCCAGAAAACCCGCUACCAGUCAUUGUCCGAGCCACAAACGGCAAGUCGAAAGAGAAGCGAGCCGGUAAGGUUAAGCUGUCUACGGUCGUGCAGCCGGACGCGCUAGAGACGUUCUAUGCACGGUAUGCGGAGGUGUGUAAGGCGGGGAUGCAGGCGCUGAAGAAGAGGGAUAGGAGUAAGAGGAAGAAGGAUAAGGCGAAGAAGAGGAAGACGGGUGGGGAGGGGGAGAAGAAGGGUUGA